AUGCACUGGACAAAGCCCCGAUCAUUGCCGUCUAAUUUGCGGCACUGCCGCUCAGACCAAGCUCUAGACAGCGCGUGGUUUGAGCAGUUCACGAUGCGGUUUCACACAGUGUGGUCGUUGAUAACGCUUGCUCUUUUCACCUCGCGGUGCUCCGCCAUUCAAGCCGAGUGGUGGCACUCCGUCAAGAUCGGCAGCAGCACACUCAGCACUGGGAGAUUUGUUGAACAUCUGAAGAUCAGCAAGGAGUCAUGUGUUGCACUGGCCACCCUCUCGACUUGGUGCGACUUAUUUUGCUAUCAGGAUGGCCGGUGCCUGAUCUCCGAGAUCAAGGUGGCAGGAGAUCAGGACGACUCUUCGCUUGGCCCUACUUUCCCCUGCUGGACUAAACAUGCUUGUCUCUUCCAUGGUGUCGGUUACGAGGAGGAUGAUACCUUUGUCGAUAGAUGUCUGCCUUUCAAAUGUCAGAAUCACAGUGUCAUCGUACAGUUGCCGGCUGUUUCUUCGUCCUGUAACGACUCAUUCACUGUUGUUCCUGGAGUGGGUUGCGUCUAUCUUCACCCUCACAAAAUGACCUGGUGUGACCCACGUGCCGUCUGCAGAGACUACGGGGGUCAGCUUGUGCCACCUGAGGACUUCCACGCUUUUAGUCAGAGGAUGGCACAUGAUGACGUUGCGUGGAUAGGAGUCAGAGGCCGACAGUGGACGGACCGCGACGAGACACACGAAGAUGAAUAUGAUUUUUGGUCUGAGCAGGCGCCGGAUUCAAGCCUUGAUGGACCCUUUGAACUGAUUUGUGAAAUUUAGCGAACGAAGUGUUAUCUACGUUUUUUUUUUUUUUUUUUUUUUUUUUUUGAGAUAAAAGUCCCCCCUGGCGUCUGUUUGAUUUCGCUCCUCUCUCUUUUCAUGUGGAUUUUUGUUUUAUUUGACGUUUUCAUGCUUUUUCUCGUUUUGCCUUUUUCCUCUGCUCCUUCUUUUCU